AUGGCGACCACAAGUGCCACUCUAGGUGCUCCAAAGUCGAUUGACGACCUCAAGCGACUACUUCGCGAUGAUUUCAAGGUUAAAGUUGCAGUGGAUGGUGUCCUCAGAGGAAAGUUCAUGUCCAAAGACAAGUUUCUAGGUGCAGUUACCUCCGAAGGGUUUGGCUUCUGCAGCGUGAUUUUUGGCUGGGACAUGCACGAUACAGUCUACCCUCGGGAACUGGCCAUAUCAAAUAGACAGAAUGGUUACCGCGACAUGGUGGCUUCGAUAGACUUAUCGACGUAUCGUCGCAUACCUUGGGAGAACAACGUACCCUUUUUCCUUGUCUCAUUCUUUGAUCCGACGACUUCAGUGCCCAUCUGUGCGGAUCCUAGAGGCGUUCUGCGCAAAGUCGUUGACAAUGUGGCUGCUGAUGGCAUGACAUGCAUUGCUGGUGUGGAGUUCGAGUACUUCAACUUCAAAGAAACUCCAGAAUCGGCGGCUCAAAAACAGUUCACUCAGUUGCAGCCACUAACCCCAGGAAUGCAUGGAUAUAGCUUACUACGCACUCAGCUGAACCAAGAAUACUUUCAUGCGCUGUUCGACGAGAGUCUGAAGUUUGGCAUAGACAUUGAAGGGCAUCACACCGAAACGGGUCCCGGCGUCCUCGAGACUGCGCUCGCCUAUACAUCGGCUGUGAGAAUGGCUGACAAUGCUAUCCUGUACAAGUUCUUGGCAAAGAGCGUAGGACUCAAGCAUGGAGUCCUCCCCAGUUUUAUGGCGAAGCCAUGGGGGAAUCUACCAGGUUGCAGCGGCCAUAUACAUGUUUCACUUAAAGAUGAAGAAGGUCGCAAUGUGUUUUCACUUUCAGAUGUGGACCGUGAUCGCGGACGAGCUACUGCAGCGUUCGAGGACACAAGAUACCUAAGUCAAAUCGGGGAGUAUUUUUUGGCCGGUGUGUUGGAUGGCCUUCCUGAUGGUAUGAUUCAUCUUGUCCCUACAAUCAAUGGCUACAAACGUCUUGUGGCCGGUGAAGCUUUCUGGGCUCCUAAUGCAGUCACAUACGGGUACGAUUCUCGUGCGGCUUCCGUCCGCAUAAUCUCGCCGCCGUCCGUUCCGCCAUCUGCAACAAGGCUUGAAGUUCGCGUGCCCGGUGCGGACAUGAAUCCCUACUUUGCCUUGAGUGCCAUUUUCCAGCUGGGCAUGCGGGGUAUUGCCAAACAACUCAAGCUUACGAUACCUCCCAUCUCCACUUACCAGAGCGACCCGGCCAGGAAGAAGGAGGUUGUUAUGCUUCCUUGUUCAUUAGAGGAAGCGACAGAAGCAAUGAUGAGACCUACCAGUGUUGCACGCGAAGUAUUUGGAGAUGAUUUUGUUGACCACUUCGGGGCAACGAGGCAGCAUGAAGUGAGACUCUGGAAUGCAGCCGUGACGAACUGGGAAGUGGAAAGAUAUCUUGAACUUGCAUAG